AUGAAUCGCCGCUUUCUCUCCCGUGGAACCCUCUUUGCUGACUUGGCAUGCUUGGAGCCGAACAACUUUCCUGAAAUAAGAAAAUCUGGACUUCAAGAACGAGCAAUGGAAGAACCUAGCCGAUUGUUAGUUAAAUUUGAUGAGGGAGCAACAUCAGAAAAUUUGCCUUCCCAACUGGCAAAUUUUGCAUUGCAAUGGGAGAGGCUGAAGACAUCACCCUUAGAAGAAUAUAGGAUUAUAAAAGAUAUACCUAUAGCAGACCAGGAAAGUAAUUUAGCAGAUACAGAAUUGGUGAACAAGUCUUGCAAGGCAUGUAAGAACUGUGCUAUUUGCUGCUAUCAGAUUUUACAGCGCUUUAAUUUAUUAACUGAUGCCUACAAUGUCAUUGGUGUAGCCUACAAAUUUCUGCUUACACUGUCUUUCACUCAAGGUGCCUGUGAAAGAAACUUCUCGACAUUGAAGUUUAUCAAGACCCGUCUAAGAAGUUCUCUCUCCCAGGAGCAUUUGAGCUCUUUGAUGCUGAUAGCAACUGAAAAAGAUAUAUUAAUGAACCUUGAUUCUGACGAUAUAAUUGACAGGGUUGCAGAAACCAGUCAUCUUCUACGAAAUUUGCUGAAUCCGUAG